AUGGGUUAUAGUACUCCUAUUAUGACUCAUCCAUUUCAGCAGAUGGCUGAGUUCUUUCGUCACUUGGCUGGGACAAUGUCAGAACCUAGUGAAAUAAAUUUUGAGAAGAUGAGGAAAAUGGGUGGAGUUGAAUUUGAAGGCACUACUGAUCCCACGGUAGCUGAACAAUGGAUCGAGCGCAUGCAGAGGGUUUUUGAACAACUUGAGUGUACUAAUGCUGCCAAAUUUAAGUAUGCUAUCUCUCUUUUACAAAAAUAUGCCUAUGAUUGGUGGGUAAGUGUGCCAAAUGAAAAAGAAAAACCUCCGGUGCUGACUUGGGAUGACUUUGGGAAAGCAUUUCGUGCGAAAUAUGUCCCCCAUGUCUACUGUGAUGCAAAGAAAAAAGAGUUUCUGAAUUUAAGACAAGGGAGUAUGUCUAUUGCAGAGUAUCAACAAAAAUUUCUCAGGCUUUCUCGCUAUGCUGGAGUUGCUCUUACUUGGGAAAGAAUUGACAAGGAAGAAGGUACUAGGAGAGAAAAUAGGUUUAGGAAGGGUAAUUCAGAUUAUGGCGGUCCAUCCAAGAAGGGAAAGUUUGACUAUUCCAAGACUGAAAGUGCACAGAAGUCAUCAUAUCAUAAGCAGAAUAAGCCAAAUUUCUCUACUGCUAGUACUCUGAGUUAUGGCCAAGGCAAAACUUAUACACCUACUUGUGCACAGCACAGUGUGGAAAGAAUCACUAUGGUGCCUGCAAAAGAGCUUCUGGAUUGUCCUAAUCCUAAUCCUCUUUCUUAUACACAUACAGAGGGCUCAGUUCAAAAGCCUAUCACUACUCAUUCUCAAGCUAAUAGCGGUGCAAAACCUAGAAAUAUGCAAGCGGCGGGUUCGGGUAGAGCUAAUCAGGCUAGCGGGUCGAGAUCUACUGCACGAGUAUAUGCUAUGAGACAGAAGAAUUACCAAGAUGGCCUAGACGUGGUUGUUGUCACGAGUCCAUUAGGUCACCAGGUUGUUGUUAACAGGAUUUACCGAGAUUGUCCAUUCAUGAUUCAAAAUCUGGUCUUCCCUGCAGACUUGCUUGAAAUGCCCUUCCAAGACUAUGAUUUUAUUGUUGGUAUGGAUUGUCUCCAUAGGCACCAUGCAUUGGUUGAUUGUAGGUUGAAGCAAGUGACUUUUAGAACUCCUGCAUACUCACACAUAAUAGUUCAAGGAGAAAGAUCAUUGACGGCUAGUAUUAUUUAUGCGGUCUUGUCAAGGAAGAUGAUUUGUCAAGGUUGUGAUACCUAUCUUGCUCAUAUAGUCGAUACACAAUUGGGGAGUCCAAGUGUUAAGGACAUACCAACCGUGUGCUACUUUCCUUCUGUAUUUCCUGAUGAUCUUCCUGGGUUUCCUCCAGAAAGGGAGAUUGAAUUUCCUAUAGAGCUUGUCCCUGGAACUACUCAUAUUUCUAUCGCUCCUUAUAGAAUGGCUCCAGCUGAAUUAAAAGAGUUGAAGGCUCAAUUGCAAGAAUUUCUUGAGAAAGGUUUUAUAUGUCCCAGUAUUUCGCCUUGGGGAGCUCCUGUUUUAUUUGUGAAAAUGAAAGAUGGCACUUUUAGGCUUUGA